GAAAGAAGUUAAAUUUUCACCAGUUUAAACCUUUAAAGAAUCAGAUUUAGUGAUUUAAAGUUAUUAUAAUCAGUACAAUAUAUCAAUUAAAAUCCUUAUUACUGAUAGCAGUAUUACAGUUUUCUGCAAAGAGUUGUUUAUUGUUUAGAUACUGAUUUUGAUAGGGUUAGUUUUAUUGCUAGUCCCCAGCUUUUUACUUUGUUAUUUAAGAGAAAUCAAAGAACAGCUUCAUAUAAAGAUUUUUUUUUUUUCCUUGAUUUAAAAACCUAGAUAAAUUAAAAAAAAAUAUAACUAUUUAAAUAGUUUUUACAAUGACAUACUCUGAAAUUUUUAUAGCCAGUGUUCUCACACUCAGUGCAUCUAUUGCUGCUUACGUAUUGGUAGUCUCACCAAAAGAACGCAAAGUUCUCAAGAAAGAUGAAUUUCAAGAAUUUCCAUUGAUUCAAAAAACUAUAUUAUCUCAUAAUUCAGGAAUAUACAGGUUUGGUUUACCACGUCCAAAUGACACACUAGGAUUACCAAUUGGCCAACAUAUUUCUAUCGGAGCUAACAUUAAUGGCAAAGAAAUCGUUAGAUCGUAUACUCCAACUUCGUUAGAUUCAGAUUCCAAGGGAUAUUUUGACUUGUUGAUUAAAGCUUAUCCAAAUGGUAACAUUUCCAAAUUAAUCGCCAAUUUAGAUAUUGGUGAAACUAUUAAAGUCAAAGGUCCCAAGGGUUUUUUCGUUUACACUCCAAAUAUGGUCAAGUCAUUUGGAAUGGUUGCAGGUGGAACUGGUAUAACCCCAAUGUAUCAAAUUAUCAAGGCCAUCAUAGCAAACCCUGAUGAUAACACUACUGUUUCAUUAAUUUAUGGAAACGUUAACGAAGAAGAUAUUUUACUAAGAUCAGAAUUAGACAAAAUUACAAAAGAACAUUCAAAUAUUAAAGUCUUUUAUGUUUUGGAUAAUCCUCCUAAGAAUUGGAAUGGAGGUUCAGGUUAUAUCACUCCUGAUAUUUUGAAAGCUCAUUUACCUGCUGCAUCUCUAGAUUCUCAGCUAUUAAUCUGUGGUCCACCUCCAAUGGUUAGUGCAAUCAAGAGAGCUGGUGUUGAUCUUGGGUUUUCUAAAGCUAAACCAGUUUCUAAAUUAGGUGAUCAAACUUUUGUCUUUUAAAUCAAACAAAAACAAUAGAAAAAAAAAUCAAAAAAAAAUAGAAGAUCAAAGGGAAAAUCAAGGUAUAAUCAAGGUAAAAUUAGAGGUAUUUAUAUAUAUAAAUUGAUAUAUAGAUAUAUUCUUAGUUAUUAUUCAUUCUUUAUGGUUCAAUUUUAUAUUCAUG